AUGGCUCACAAACCACUACAGAUAUAUCUCAAAGUUGUCGACACACAAGCGCUCGACUCGCCAGGCCGACCGCGACUGAUCCCCUCCGCGAAAUGGAAUCUAUCAAUGCCUGAAGAGCGGGGACCGCGAUUUCCACCUUGGCACGAGAAAUUCUAUUUACAUCUGAACACGCUCGGAACUCGCCCUGGCUAUCGCAAGCGAGGCGCAGGCUCCAUGCUAGUCAAACGGAGAUGUGAUUUGGCGGAUCUCAGUCGGAUUAACGCUUAUAUGGAUGCUAGUCAGGCGGGAGUGCUAUUGUAUCAGAACUUUGGAUUUGCCGAUCGCAGCGAGUCCAGGUCUGAAGAACAUUUGAUCGUCUCCAUGGCGCGGAGUUAG